UGUUUAAGUAUUUUAAUAUUAAUGUAAAUAUUUUAAUGUUUAAAAGUUUGAAUUAUAUAAAAUAUGUACUUUUCUAAAUAUAAUAAAGUAAAAAGGUAAUGUUUUCAUUCAUUAUUUGCAAUGGAAUGUUGUGAAGAUACAGAAACAACUACAAAACCUGUCAUAGAUACGCCAGAAUCAGUGGCGAUUGAGGAAUCAUCAAUUUUCAAAGAUACAAAAGUGUCACAAGAUUUUCAAAAAGAUGAAAUUUUAAGAGGGAAAAAAGAAGAAGGUACUACAGAAAAAAUACCAGAAGUAACAGAUAAAUUAGAGGAAGAUAUUACAAGGGAAAUACCAGAAGUACAAAACAAUGAAAGCUUGCUACUUACUAAUAAAAUUGAAGCUGUAAAAAAUAUAGAAGAAAUAUACUCAACUAAUUGUUUUUAUUACAAUUGGAAUAAUUCUCCAAGAUUAUUAUGCGAAGCAACUGCAGAAUAUCAGACAACUGAAUCAUAUGAAAAUUUUACGAAGGGUUGUCAGUGGUCUCCUGAUAAAACAUGUUUACUAGUACCUUCUGAAGAUUUUAGGAUUCGAAUUUAUGAACUCCCUACAGAAUUUUAUUCUGAAAAAAUUCCUUCAAAUUUAUCAUCCACAAAAUUUUCAGCAGCUUUAACAAUAAAAGAAGGAGGACUUAUAUAUGAUGCUUGUUGGUAUCCUUUUAUGAAUUCAUGGGAACCUGCAAGUUGUUGCUUUUUAAGUACAAGUAGAGAAAGUCCUAUACAUUUAUGGGAUGCUUUUAAUGGUGAAUUAAGAGCAACUUAUCGAGCUUAUAAUCAAGUUGAUGAAGUAGAAGCUGCAAUUAGUAUUCAAUUUAUUGACUCUGCUAAAGAAGUAUGGGCUGGCUUCAAAAAUGCUUUAAGAGUGUUUAAUGUGGAACAUCCAGGUCGCCAAAUAAAUACCAUUCAAUUUAAGAGAGAUUUUCCAAAUGUAAUAGGUCUAGUUUCCUGUAUUCGAGAAAAUCCAAUUAUGCCAGGAUUAGUUGCUUUUGGUACAUAUUCUAAGAACAUUGGUUUAUAUAGAGAUGGACCAUUAUGUACUUUUAAAACAGGAAGCGGAGUGACUCAAAUUGAAUUUAGCCCUUGUGGAACAAAAUUAUUUUCUGUAGUUAGGCGUAGUAAUGAAUUUCUAUGUUGGGAUUUGCGUAACCCAGGUACUGUUCUGUACUCCCUUGAAGGACGCCAGUCUGAUACAAAUCAGAGAAUUCAGUUUGAUAUUACGUCUCAUGGAAACGAAAUAGUUUCGGGUGGUACAAAUGGAGAUAUUACAAUUUGGAAAUUACCACAAAGUUCAAAUUGCGAAGAUCUUAAUGCAUCACAUAAGAUAAAAUUAUCAUGUGACUGUAUAAAUGGUGUAAGUUUGCACAAAAGUUUACCCAUCGUUGCUAUCAGUACAGGACAAAGGUUUUGUGAUGGCCUACCACAAGGUAGGGACAAUAGUGUACGACUAUGGUUGUGUUCUUAACUUGAUAGUAUAAUAAACUAUUGUAAAAUUAGAUACAAUUACUAUUUUGUAAGUGGAAUUUUGUACAAUACCUUUCAUGAUUUGAUAUAUGUAUAAUAUAGAUUUCUAAAUAAAAUAUUUAUAUGA